AUCAUUAAAUCUCUCUCUCUCUCUCUCUCUCUCUCUCUAUCUAUAUAUAGUCCCAUCCAUCCUUUCCACUGUACUGCAGAAAGAAAAAGCUCUGGUGACACCACAACUGCCAAAGCUUGAGUCAUUUUCUAGCCUUCUUUUCCGUUUUGCUUUCUCUGAAUCCAAACGCUGGGAAUCAGAACAAAAAUCCCAGAUAUUUGAAAGAGAAAACAGAGAAGCUUGGUGGGUUUUGUUUUUGUUUUUGUUUUUGUUUUUUUUUCUUGGAGGGAGACAUGGGUGAGAAAGAUGAUGGGUUGGGGCUGGGGCUGGGUCUGGGAUUGAGCUUGGGCUCGGGAUGUGGUGGGAAUCUUCAGACUUCUCUGAAUAUGAAUCCCAUUCACAGGCCGCAGCCUUCACAGAUGGUGCAAAAUCUUGACAAGAGGAGUACUCCUUGGAAUGAGAUGUUUCAGUUUCCUGAUCGAAACCCAGAUACGAGGCCGUUGCUGGGAGGAGUGGACGUGAACCGGUUGCCGUCGAUGGCGGAUUGCGAGGAUGAAAAUGGGGUCUCUUCACCCAACAGCACGGUUUCGAGCUUAAGCGGAAAGAGGAGCGAGAGAGAUCCAAACGGCGACGAGAACGACGCCGAGAGGGCGUCAUGCUCUCGCGGCAGCGAUGACGAAGACGGGGCCGGCGGCGACACGUGCCGGAAGAAGCUCCGGCUUUCAAAGGAGCAGUCUCUGGUUCUGGAGGAGACCUUCAAGGAGCACAAUACUCUCAAUCCGAAGCAAAAGCUGGCAUUGGCAAAGCAGCUGAACCUGAGCCCGAGACAAGUGGAGGUGUGGUUCCAGAACAGGAGGGCAAGGACCAAGUUGAAGCAAACGGAGGUGGAUUGUGAGUACUUGAAGAGGUGUUGUGAGAAUCUAACAGAGGAGAACAGGCGGCUGCAGAAGGAGGUGCAGGAGCUUAGGGCACUGAAGCUCUCGCCACAGCUUUACAUGCACAUGAACCCUCCCACCACGCUCACCAUGUGCCCUUCAUGUGAGCGUGUGGCCGUCUCAUCGUCGUCCUCCUCGUCCUCUGCCGCUACUUCUUCCGCUGUUGCUCCGACCGGCCCAAUCCGCCACCCAAUGGGCCCCAACGUCCAACGUCCCGUACCCAUCAACCCGUGGGCGACGUUACCGAUCCAUCAUCGACCGUUCGAUGCCCCUGCUCCGCGAUCGUAAUUGUGGUAAAGCUAACGAGUCCAUGCAAGGGCAUUGUGGUCGGUAGGAUGAAAUGAAAUGGGAUAUAAUGUGUGUGGAAGCGAGGAAAAUUGUUGAGGGGGGCAUGAUAAUGAGUGUUAGGAGAUAAAUUUAGAAGUCAAUUAGGGUUUGGGGACAUCUGUUUGUUGAGUCGAGUCUUAGAUAGAGUUGGAUAUGAAGUCAAGUCUAGAUAGAGAAAAAAAAAAGGUUGUAAGCAUUGGACAAGAAAAAGGGAAGGCAAGUAGGAUGACUUGAACGAUAAUAAAGAGAAUCUAAAGUCUCUUUUGAUUA